GUAAUACUAUUACACUCAUAUUUCAGUCAUAAGAUGGACGAAAAAAAGAUAGCUAUUAUUGGAGCGGGCAUAAUGGGCAUUUCUGCCUUGAGACGGCUAUCUGAGAACAAGAAAUUUCUACUGACUUGUUUUGAGAGGAACUAUGACCUUGGAGGUCUAUGGCUUUACACAGAUCAAACGGAUAAAGAUGUAUAUGGACGAAAAAUUAACUCCGCUAUGUAUAGAAAUCAUCAGACUAAUCGUCCAAAACAAUUAAUGCAACUAGAUGGUUUUCCCAUGGACGAAGAAUGUCCAACUUUUCCUACGCAACGGGAUGUUUUAGAUUAUAUUCGCAAAGUUGCUGACCAAUGUAAUAUUCGGAAAUAUAUCAAGUUCAACACCGAAGUACAGUCAGUUAAACCCGUUUCUGAAAAUACCCAGAAUACAAAAUGGCUGAUAACAUAUGGAGACAAUAGAAAAAAGAAUGACAGUCAUGUUGAAGAAUUUGAUGCUGUUAUAGUUUGUAAUGGUAACUGUUCCAUUCCAAACUAUCCAAUAAUUGAUAACGAGAAGGAAUUCGAAGGAUUGGUAAUUCAUAGUAUACAAUACAGACGCCCAGAACUGUUUGCUGGACUUAAUGUAGCGGUGUUGGGAGCGAGUCAUUCAGGACUGGAUAUUUGUCACGACAUUUCAAAACAUGCAAAAACGGUAUAUUUAUGCCACAGAGGUUCUAAGCUAACUACUGUAUUGCCAGGGAAUGUUAUCGAAAAAACGUCCGGUUUUAAAAGGUUUAUAUCAUCUUCCAUUAUUCUUGAUGAUAAUGACGUCAUACAGAUUGAUGCAGUUAUUUAUUGUACCGGAUUUAGGUACGACUUAUCUUUCCUUCCUGAGGGCUUAUUAGAAGUUGGACAAAAUAAAGUCGUAUGUAAUCUCUACAAGUAUGUUUUGCCACCUCAAUAUUCUACUAUUUUUUUCAUGGGACUUAUGAGACUAUAUAUACUUUUCUUUCCAUAUGGAGAUCACGAGGCUUUAUUUAUCAAAGCGAUGUUAGAGGGAUCUGUCUGUAUUCCAACUUAUAACGAGAUGAUAAUGAUCAUUGACGCAGAUUCGAAACGUCCAUGGCUCUCUAAUAGUCAUUGGGAGUGGGACAAAGAACUUGCUAGUAUUGCAGGGAAUUUUGAAUCAUUUCCACCAGUGUUGAAAUCAAUCAGAGAUCAUAUAGUGGCUGUCAAAGCAAAAGACUUUUCAAUGUUCAGAUCAGUCACUUUUAAGAUAACUGGACCAGACUCCUUUGAAAUAGUGUAACACUAUUAUUAUGUGAGUUUUUGAUAGGUUGUCAACUGGAGACGAAUGAUUUUUGUUCUCUCCUCAAAUAUUCUUAU